AUGCCUCCAUCGCCUCAAAACCCAAUUAUUAUCGGCGUCGGAGAAUUCCGCCAAAAGAAGUUUACCCUCGAAAAUACCCUCGAACCGGCAGAGCUUAUCUUAUCAGCAAUCCGCGAUGCUGCCAAAGAUACAACAGUCGAUGUUAUCAAACAUGUAGAUAGUAUUUCUGUUGUUCCUCCUUGGUCCUGGACAUACGAUGAUCUACCAAAGCACCUUGCUCAGAAACUUGGCGUUGAACCUUCACAUCUUGAGCUCUCAAGCCAUGGGGGUCAUACGCCUGCAUUGCUAUGCGACGCAGCAGCAGCCAGAGUUGCAGCAGGGGAAACGAAACUGGCAAUCGUCACAGGAGGUGAGGCAUUGGCGUCAUUGUCUGCGUGCCAGAAAGCUGGGCGUCUUCCGCCACCGGGAUGGACUGCGAUGUCUCCUGAUGCAAAGUUAUAUGGCCCGAGUGACCCUGCACUCUUGAAAGAUGUCGGUGCCUCGCACUCCAUCGGAAUGCCGAUUCAAGUAUACCCUCUAUACGAAAACGCAUACAGGAAGCAUCACCAGCAAACAUUCCACGAGAAUUAUCACGAAUCAUCAGCCCUUUACGCUGAAUUUGACAAGAUUGCCUGUCAACAUCCAAUCAGCUGGAGAGCAGGCGAAACACCACGAGAUGUUGAUGCUAUUAAGACAAUAACUAAGCAGAAUCGCAUGAUCUGCACACCUUACCCUUUGUUAAUGAAUGCCUUCAAUGGUGUAAACCUGGCGGCGGCUUGUAUCAUCAGUUCGGUCGAGUAUGCUACUAAGCUAGGCGUCCCCCAGGAUAAAUGGGUGUACAUCACUGGCGGCGCUGGCUCGAACGAUAGUUCACACUUUUGGGAGCGAGCCAAUUACUUUUCUAGUCCUGCUAUCGAGUACUCAAUCGACAAGGCCCUCGAAUCUGCUGCGUUUACUAAGAACGAGAUCGAUUGCUUUGACUUCUACUCAUGCUUUCCCAUCGUCCCGAAACUCGCUUGUAAACAUGUCGGUCUCGAUGUUCAGAAGCCUGCCAAGCCUAUCACUCUACUUGGUGGCCUUACUUCCUUUGGCGGUGCAGGCAACAAUUAUUCUCUUCACGCAAUCGCGGAGAUGACAAGAGUUAUUCGAACCCGGCAGCAUCAAACCGGCUUGGUGCUUGCGAACGGAGGAAUUCUAUCGUGGCAACACGCUCUUUGUCUAUCGGCUCACCGGCGGCGUGAUACCUCUACUUAUGUGAAAAGCAAAGUUCUUGAUAAUGGCGAUGUUUCUCAAGGUCCGGUGUUUACCCCGAUAGCGCAAGGCGAAGCUGUAAUCGAGACUUAUACUGUGGAUUAUGAUCGAAAGGGACCCAGGCUCGGCCAUAUAAUUGGAAGGCUGGUUGACAAUGGACAGAGAUUCAUUGCAAACCAUGGUGAUGAGCAUACAUUGGCGACACUUGCGAGCACUAACGGAGAGCCAAUUGGUAUAAAGGGUCAUGUGAACCAGUCUGGUGACGGCCGAAACCUCUUCACUUUAUCAGCGAGUGCGAAGCUGUAA